AUGUCCACUCAAACCGUUACAGUUACUCGAGUGGCCACAAAUGGCCAUCCAAAGGAGUCUAUCACCCCGAAGCCUGCUGGGGAGAACAGGUUGUUUGCCAAGGAGGGUGUCACAUAUGGGGAUUGGCCCGAUGACCUUGUCCGCGACGGUGUCGCCGUGGUAAAGGGUGCCAUCCCCUGUGGCCGGGCUGAAAAGUAUGCUGAAGACAUUUUUACCUUCCUUGAAACAUUCAAAGGCGGGCUAGGCUCCAAACGGGACGAUCCUUCAACUGUCAAGGAAGACAAUCUGCCCAUCAUCAACGAGAAAGGAAUCGCCUUUGAAAAGGUCUACGACACAGAGGAUCUUAUUGUAUCCUUUGAUGGGGUCAAUAUCAGCUUCCCAAACCGUGCCGACCUGCCCGACAACAAGCCUUGGCCACACCAAGAUCAAGAUCCCCAGAGACCUAGGUUCCGAUGUCUUCAAGGACUUGUUAACCUUCUCCCAAAUGGGCCGAAUGACGGCGGUCUCAUUGUCUGCAAAGGCGCAUACCGACUUAGCGAAGAGUUCCACGAGAAAUUCAAGGACGAGCCGGAUAAGCUUUAG